GGUAGUGGUAAGGACUAGAGACGCAUAUGCGUUCGCUCGGUUCUGGAUAACGUGCACAGAACGCGAGCUCUCGGUGGUUGGUUGAGCUGCGCGGGAGAGCGGCGGUCGAUGGCGAUUGCCUGCGCGCUCUCGGUGGCCGCCCCGUCCCUAACCGGCAAGACCAACUCAAACCCGCCGCCACGCCGCAGCUUCCAGCAGCAGUGGCGCGAGCGCCGCCGCCGUGGCGUGGCCGCUCGCUUCUCCGGUAAAUCCGCCGACGUCGACGCGGAGGCGGACUCGGGGCGAAUCGAGGAUGACUCGAGCUACCUUUGGAAAUUGGGCCUUGGAUCGGUUGGCGGCGCAGCGGCUAUCAAGUACGGGAGCAUCCUGUUACCUGACAUCACAAGGCCGAACAUCGUGGUAGCCUUGUUAAUGGUGUCCAUUCCUGUGGCUGUUGCUGUCCUCCUCUUGCUCAAAGUCAGCUCGAGAGAUGACUGACUAGCUUACAACUUUCCAGAUGAUGAUGAAUUUUCUUGUAUGAUGGAAUUUGAAGCCUCGGCGGCUGGGCCUUGAGUACUCUUGUAUGGAAUUAAUCGAAACUAGUUCUUCUCAGAAUCAUAGGCUGCCCUCGAAUUUCAAACUUUGUUUACAGAUUAUGCUUGAACUAAAUUCAAGUGUGAUACUACAUGUCACGGUUUUUUCUCUCUAGUUCUUGGGUGGUACAUGUAACAUGGUACAUCCAGGUUCCUCUGUUUUGAGUGCUCUUGUUAUGGAUCAAGCUGGUGAUCAAGUCUCAA